CGGUAGUGAGCGGCUAACGCGCUCCGAUUGUCCGCUCGGCGACACCGUCCGACUCAGCCGGCGGGAAAGAUCAAACGGCAAGGCCGCGCGUUAUGGCGGAGGUCGGCACCGAGCAACGUACCGCGUAUUCUCAGAGACUACGAGCUGCUGUUCACUAUACUGUUGGAUGUCUUUGCGAAGAGAUUGGGGAGAAUAAACAAGUAGAGUUCAGUAAACAAACAAUUGCUGCCAUAUCUGAAACAACUUUCAGACAGUGUGAGAAUUUUGCCAAAGACCUUGAACGAUUUGCAAAGCAUGGCAAGAGGACCACCAUUAAUACUGAUGAUGUGAAACUGCUAGCACGAAGAAGCAAAGCACUGGAAAACUUCAUUACAGAGAAAUGUAAUGAACUUGCUGCUAGUAAUGCUGAGCAGAAGGAAAAGAAACUCAUCACUGCUGGAAAAGGAAAGAAAAAAUCUGAUAACCAGGGAGAAUCCAGAAUACCAGAAAACGAAGACACCACCAGUAACUAACCUGCAGUUGAAAACUUGGAAUAGGACUGACUGAGUUGACCAAAAGUAAAAAGUCACUGAUCUUGAAGCUGCUGGCUGGCUUGUUGGAGAUUGAUGAUCAUCUUUCUGAAAGUGGCUUUACGUAUUCGAACACAGAAGAGGCAGAAGAGAGUUCACGAGAGGGGAGGUCAGUA